AUGCGUACCGGUAGACUCAUUGAACUUGUUGAAUGGAAGUUCGGAUCAGCGGCUGCGGAUAUUAUGGAACAUCUGGCUGUACUGGGGUUUGCGACCGCGUGUGAGCUGGAAGCCCACCUUUUAGGUGACGAGGGCUCGUCCAAGUUGAUGGACAAGACUCGCUUUCGAGCUCUGCUGAAGCACCUCAUCACGUCCAAGUAUAUUCUUAGUGUUCGCGAGGCACAUUUUCACUCGCCAUUUGACUCUCGUCAGGAUGCGGAGCGCCAUUUGCGCGGUCACGGGAUGCUUCUGCAAGGAACGGCGAAGAAAAUCAAAAUAGAUGGUGAUGCAAAGGUUGAUGCCGAGCUCGAGCAGCGUCUAGAUGGAGGAAUUUCUUGGCCUCAGGUGUUGCAUGAACUUGAAGCGAGCCCCAGCCAGGCUAAUAUUCUGCUCUGCGUCGACUACUCAAAUUUGAUCCUCUACAUUCGCAAUGAGAGGGUGGCGGAGGUUGCUGAGAAGAUUUUUGGCCGACGCACAGCAGAAGUCGCACGAGCAGCUUGUUUACUGGUUGAAGACAUCGACCCACGACCGUUGAAACUACGGCUGUCGGAUCCCCCUGCACAUUCGUUGCAGAGACUGGACGUUUCCGAUAUCAGCCACAUCAUUUCUUCGGAACGUCGACCAGCAAUGAGCAACGGGCAAAGCAAUGAAAACGGUUGGCUCGCCGGAGACAAACUCCUGAACGGCCAUCACGACAACAAAGCCAAUGGGACAAGCGGGGACCAUCAUUUCAUUGAAUACCAGCUAGGUGUUUUGGCAGAAGGGCCCUUCAGCUUUCUCUUAGGGGACUCCGACACAAGAUCUUGGCAGAUUGACAAGAGCAAGCUCAACGAUUUCUUGUGGAAUAAGGAGAUGUUGCGUCUCAUCGAUGAGAGCGUCAGCGAACCGGCGCUCAGGAUUGUUCGCAUGCUGGCUGAUAAAGGCAAGCUUGAUGAGAGAACAAUGCAGGAUGUUGGUCUUCUGAACGCGAAAGAGCUUCGGAAGUCGCUGGCACAGCUGCAGACGAAAGGUUUCCUCGAGCUCCAAGAAGUUCCGAGGGAUCCCCAAAGACAGCCCAAAAGCACAACCUUCCUCUACUUCUACGAUCCUGAAAGAGUACAAAAACUCCUCCUCGACAGACUAUACAAAGCCAUGUCGAGAUUGUACGAACGCCUGCACCUAGAAAGGGAAAAGAUUUCAUCGACUCUGAUCAAGGUUGAAAGGAGUGACGUCCAAGGAAGCGAAGAGGAGAUCCUAUCCCCAGGCGAACUGCAAUUGUUGCUUCGCUGGCGACAGAAGGAGUGUUGGUUUAUGACGGAGAUCCAUCGUAUAGAUGCUUCAGUCGCCAUUCUCCGAGACAUAUAG